CGUUUCCACACGCGCUGUAUUUACCUGUGUUAUGACUGAACUGUGUGUGUGUUUCAGUAUGUAGUGAACAUUAGUGAUAAUUCUGCACUGUUCGUGUGUAAAUAAGGAGUUUUACAGGAGCAGCUGUGUGUGUGUGUGUGUGUGUGUGAGGAGAUAAAGCAGCUCUGCGGAUCUUCUUCUCCACCGCGUCAUUUAAACCUCCUGAUUUAGCGCUUCUUCAGAGUGUGUUUUUAUUCACACACACACACACACACACACCGAGAGAGAGAGAGAAUUUGUUUGAAACAUGGCGUCCACGGCGGCUCCUGAGCCCGGGUCGAGUCCAGGGUCGGUGUCCGCCACGGAGUCUUUGGUGCCUGCUAGCAUGUUCGCUCCUGCCGGCCGGGGCUGUGGAGAAGACGCCGGGGCGGAGUGCUUCGAGGACGGGGAGGCGCUGAACGGAGAGUCCGGGGAUUUCUCCAGUAAGUCGGCUCUGGUCAGUCCUAACGGAGAGCAGUACGACUCGUUGCUGCGGCAGCUGCGUGAGCGGAUGGACGAGGGUUGUGGAGAGACUAUUUACGUGGUGGGAGUGGGGUCAGACGGUGGUGAUUACGGUCUGAAUGCGAGCGACAUGGAGGCGUCGGUGGCCACGGUGCAGUCCCUGUGUGAGCAGAUCGAAGCCGACCUCAUCCUCCUCAGAGAGCGCGCCGAGAGCGGUGGCCAGGUCCGAGACUACCUGAUCCGCCGCCGUGUGGGCGAGGCAGACUUCCUGGAGGUCAGGGUGGCUGUGGUAGGGAAUGUGGAUGCAGGGAAGAGCACACUCCUGGGAGUCCUCACACACGGAGAGCUGGAUAACGGUCGAGGUUUCGCUCGUCAGAAACUUUUCCGUCACAAGCACGAGCUGGAAAGCGGCCGCACCAGCAGCGUGGGGAACGACAUCCUGGGCUUCGACCGCCAAGGCCACGUCGUCAACAAACCCGACAGCCACGGGGGCAGUCUGGACUGGACCAAGAUCUGUGAGAAGUCCUCCAAGGUCAUCACCUUCAUCGACUUGGCAGGACACGAGAAGUACCUAAAGACCACCGUGUUUGGCAUGACUGGCCACCUGCCUGACUUCUGCAUGCUCAUGGUGGGCAGUAACGCAGGUAUAGUGGGCAUGACUAAAGAACACCUGGGCUUAGCACUGGCUCUCAAUGUGCCCGUGUUUGUGGUGGUCACAAAGAUAGACAUGUGUCCUGCUAACAUCCUGCAAGAGACCCUGAAGCUGCUGCAGAGGUUGCUGAAGUCUCCCGGCUGCAGGAAAAUCCCAGUGCUGGUGCAGAAUAAAGACGACGUCAUAGUCACUGCUUCCAACUUCAGCUCUGAGAGAAUGUGCCCAAUAUUUCAGAUCUCUAAUGUCACUGGGGAGAACAUGGACCUAUUGAAGAUGUUCCUGAACCUGCUGUCCUCCAGAACAUCGUUUAAAGAUGAUGAGCCAGCUGAGUUUCAGAUAGAUGACACCUAUUCAGUACCAGGUGUAGGGACUGUAGUAUCAGGAACAACACUACGGGGGUUAAUCCGGCUGAAUGACACCAUGCUGCUGGGGCCGGACCCCAUCGGUGCCUUCAUCCCCAUUGCUGUUAAAUCAAUCCACAGGAAGCGGAUGCCUGUGAAGGAGGUGCGAGGAGGACAGACCGCAUCCUUCGCCCUCAAAAAGAUCAAACGCUCAUCUAUAAGGAAAGGGAUGGUGAUGGUGUCACCACGGCUAAACCCACAGGCAUCAUGGGAGUUUGAGGCAGAGAUCCUGGUUCUCCAUCACCCCACCACAAUCUCUCCACGAUACCAGGCCAUGGUGCAUUGUGGGAGCAUCAGACAGACGGCGACGAUCCUGACGAUGAACCGAGACUGUUUACGAACAGGAGACAAGGCCACGGUGCACUUCCGCUUCAUCAAAACCCCCGAGUACCUGCACGCGGAUCAGAGACUGGUGUUCAGAGAGGGCAGGACCAAAGCUGUGGGCACCAUCACCAAGCUUCUCCAAUCGACAAAUAAUCAGCCUUCAAACUCCAAACCUCCACAGAUCAAAAUGCAGUCCACCAAAAAGCUCGUGAAGAGAGACGAGGGCCAGAUACCUGCAGGAGAGGAGACGCUGAGCAACACAGCACCGAGCACCUCCAUCAGUCCACUGCAGCAGACUGAGGGAGAGGAAGACACUCAGAUUAAAGACUCGAAGCCAAAGUCUGGAGGCAGGAGACGAGGCGGACAGAGACACAAAGGGAAAAGUCAAUCCAGCUCCACGGCGCCUCCUGCUGGUGCAGUCGGAGGUUGUUAAGCUCCUCCCCAAUCUCCUUCACGCAGUCUGGUUUUUUUUUUAUAGCAUCUAGAAGACAUGAAGACGAGCAGCUGCCUCCACAACUCGUUUAUUUUUACGCUUUUAUUUUAAACCCGGACCACAGCACCGCUUCAUCUACGCAGAACUGCGAGGAACCACCACGCCAUGUCCAGCAGAUCAACAGUGAACCCUGUGUUCGGCUCUACACUGUCCUCAUCAGCGUCCUCAUGAGAGAAGCAGAGAAGCUGCAUGGUGGUUUCUUGUGUUCCGCUUUAAGGCGGCGCCUCGUGUGGCAGAUUGAAGGUUUCCUGCAUUAAAGCUGGUGUUCUGCACAGACUCAUUAUAGUCUCCUCUGUAGAUAAUAUUCAGUUUAAGGUCUGUGAUUAUGAUGAAGAAGAAGAUCAUAUAGUAAAAUAAAGAGAAAUGUUUCAUCACGUUUUUCACACUGGUGAUUGGAUUUAUCUCAAACACACACAGUUCCUCAUUAACCCUCGAGAGAAAGAAACCACUUCCUGCGUUUCCCUCUUUCUGUUUGAGCAACAAAAGAAAAGGUUUAUAUUUAUUUAAAGGAAUACACACAAGAAGUGAAUGAAUAACAGGAAGAGAGAUACAGAUGGAGAAAGGAGGAGCAUUAGAUAGAGUUCAAACCUGAGAACUUGGAGUGUGAACAUUUAAUUGAUUGCAGCUGAACUGAGUAGAAAAACACGUGUUUGUAUGUGAUGAGGUCACACGAACACCAGGGGGCGGUGUUUUAAUGCCUGGAAUAUCUUGAAACCUGCAGGUGCUUCAUGAACGACAGAAACCCGAAUCCACGUGUCUGAUUUGGCGUGUAAUAAAAAACAAACCUG